AUGCACAGAGAGGAAAAGAGAAACGAGAAAAGAGCUGAGAAAAUGGAGAAGAGGGAAAGGGGAAAAGAAUUAUUAGAAGGAAAAGAACAAAAGGAUCAAGAAGAAGAGAGAUUAAAGGAUACAGAGGAACAGCAGGAUACAACUGAUAUUAUAACGGAGCAAGAAGUGAUGAGGCAAAUUAAGAAAUUGAAAAAAAGAAAAGCAGCAGGGGAAGACGGCCUAGAAAACGAGGUCUGGAUACAUGGAGGAAGAAAGGUACUCACCAGAAUCACAACACUGAUAAACAAAGUAUGGAAGGGAGAAGGAAUGCCAAGGAGAUGGAAAGUAGGUAUAAUUAGCCCUAUAUUUAAGAAGGGAGACAGGGAUGAUGUAAAGAAUUACAGAGGGAUAACGCUACUAAAUACGGCAUACAAGAUAUACGCGAUGAUUCUGGAGAACAGAUUAAGUGCAGAACUAGAGGAAAAGAAAAUCAUACCAGAGACGCAAGCAGGCUUCAGAAAAGAAAGAAGCACAACGGACAAUAUUUUUAUUCUGAACUAUGUGGUAAACAGAGAAAUCAAAGAAAAAAGAGGAAAGCUAUAUGCUUUCUUCGCAGAUCUAACAGCGGCUUUCGAUAAAGUAAACGGAAAAACUGAACAAGGUUAUGGAGGAAAAAGGAAUAAGUAA